GUGUAGGUGAAGAAUUUUACCUGAACCUGGGCGACUGUUCUGAUUGGUGUAGAGAGCUGUCACUCACCCGCAGGCUGAGGGCGCACCCUGAGACUGAGGACACAGACGGGUUUCGAUGCAUCUGAGCGUCGGGCGCUAGUCGUUCGUCGCGUCCUUUAAAAGAAGAAAAAACAUCCAAAAAACAAAUCAUUAACGGGUGGUUUUGAAGCAGAUUCGUUUUAACUAUGGAGAGAAUCAUUUUGUCUUUGGCUGCGGCGUGUCUAGUUAUAUCCAGUGUUGGUGCUCUCACAGUGCAAAUCCCAAAGCCUACAUUUGAGUUUGCACGGGGUGACAACAUCUCAUUACCCUGCACAUUCAAAUCUAGUUUGGCGGCCCCCUCGCUCAUUGUCGUCUCAUGGUCUGUUGAGGCUGUGGAAGCUGAGGCAGAGGAGACCCUGAUCCUUACCCACUACUUUCCCACUGGAACUACAGACAUCAAGGCCAAGUAUGAAGGCCGGGUAGCACUUGACUUUGAUCUUCGUGCUGGAAAGGCCAACUUAAAACUGUCUUCCAUCACGCUAGAAGACAACAAAUUGUUUGAGUGCCGUGUCCAGAUUCCAAGUGAUGAUGAAGGCGAACCAUAUGACACAACCCGCUUGGUGGUUCUGGUGGCUCCAUCUACGCCCAUCUGUGAGAUCCAGGGAAAGGCAGAAUAUGGCCAGAACAUCAACCUGACCUGUCGUUCUGAGGAAGGCUCCCCUCCACCCACCUAUAAGUGGGAAGAUCGGGAUGUAAACAACAUGCCUCGUGUUAGAGACCCUAGAACUACUGACAAGGAUGGUAUCCUGUCUCUGUACAACAUCACCAAAGAAACCUCCGGAUAUUAUAUCUGCACCUCAGCUAACAAAAUCCGCUCUGCCUCCUGCAAUGUGACCCUCUCUGUCAUGCCACCUUCCAUCAACUUUGGUUCGACUGCACUAAUUAUUGGAAUAGUUGCUGCUGUGUUGAUUCUUCUCAGCAUUAUCACCUUUUUAUGCUGCCGCCACCAAAAGAGGAAGAAGCAGCAGCAGCAGGAGGAGUACACCAUGGGUGUUAAUAAGGACGAAUACACUGACAAAGAAGACAACCCUAGAAAUGGAGAGAGUCGUCAGCCCGACGGGGAAGAAGACAGGAGCCGUGACCACUAUGAAGAGAGGAGUGAGCGCGGCUAUGACGGUCGUAGGGAUCAUGACGACCGCCGCAGUGACUACGACGAUCGUCGCAGCGACUACACAGACCGCCGCAGUGACUACGAUGACCGUCGCAGCGACUAUACUGACCGCCGAAGAGAUUACGACGAUAGGCGCAGUGACUACAGUGAUCGACGUAGCGACUAUGAUGACCGCAGAGACAAAGACAGGUACAGCGAUCGCAAUGAUAAUCGUCGUUAUGACGAUGACAGGCGGUACAGAGAUGAUGACCGUUACGAUGAGCCCUACGAUGACAAACCACCUGUGCCCAACAAUAAACCCCAACGAAGGGAUUAGGAUGACUAAAGACCCCAGUCCGCACCCAUCACUGACCCUAAUCUUUCACAGUACACCUAUGGUGUGCCUCGAUUGUUUCAUAAACGUAAUUGCCUCAUCGUAACAUAGUUAUCAAUAAUAUAUGCUUUUCCUUUAUAAUUAUAUAACCCUGCCAUUUGUUUAGGGCAGGAGAUUUGGGAGCAUCACU